GAAAACUGUGCAUGCCGGUAGUGGGUCUGCUUGCUGAAGAGAGUGUUUGAUCCGAGUGCAAGACAAUGGCAGAGGUCAGUAUUUCAGUAGGUCAGGAUCAGUUCAGCUGUCCAGUGUGUCUGGAUCUCCUGAAGGAUCCUGUAACUGCUCCCUGUGGUCACAGUUUCUGUAAAGUCUGUAUUAAUUGCUGCUGGGAUCAGGAGGAGGCUGCCUACAGCUGUCCUCAGUGUAGAGAGACUUUUACUUCAAGGCCUGUUAUACACAGGAACAACAUGCUGUCUGAAAUAGUGGAGAAACUGAAGGAGUCUGAGCUUCAAGCUGCUUCUCCAGCUCACUGUUACGCUGGACCUGGAGAUGUGGAGUGUGAUUUCUGCACUGGGAGAAAACGCAAAGCUGUCAAGUCCUGUCUGGUGUGUAAGACCUCCUAUUGUGAAGAUCAUCUUAAACCUCACUAUCAGUCUCCUGCCUUAAAGAAGCACAAGUUAGUGGAAGCCUGUGCAGAUCUCCAAGAGAAGAUCUGCUCUCACCAUGACAAACCAAUCGAGAUCUACUGUCGUACUGACCGAAGCUUCAUCUGUUACUUGUGUAUGAUGGAUGAACAUAAAGGCCAUGAUACAGUUGCGGCUGAAGCUGAAAGAAAUCAAAAACAAACUAAGGUAAACGAGCAGUGGAUGAAAUCUGAGCAGAAGAUCAAGGAGAAGCAGAAGAAGGUGGAAGAGCUGAAACAGACUGUAGACAAUAUUAAGAGGCGUUCACAGGCAGCAGUAGAUGACAAUGAGAGGAUCUUUACUGAGCUGAUCAGCCUUAUGGAGAAAAAGCGCUCGGAGGUGACGGAGCUGAUCAGAGCUCAGGAGAAAGCUGAACUGAGUCGAGCUGAACGACUCCUGAAGCAACUGGAGCAGGAGAUUGCUGAUCUUAAGAGGAGAGUCACUGAGCUGGAGCAGCUUUCACACACACAUGAUGACAUCCACUUCCUCCAGAGUUUCCCGUCUCUCUGUGUUUCUCCUGGAUGUGAGGACUCACCCAGCUUCACUGUCAAUCAACAUCUCACAUUUGAUGGAGUGAGGAAAUCGCUCUCACGUCUGAAAAGACAUGUUGAGGAAAUCUCUGCAGCGGUUCAGAUGUUUUUACCCACGGACAUGAAGAGCAGAAAGGAUUUUCUACUGUAUUUCCGUUAUCUGACUCUGGAUCCCAAAACAGCAAAUUAUGAACUCAUUCUGUCUGAGAAGAAUAGAUCGGUGACACGUAUUAGGACACGACAGCAGUACUCUGAUCAUCCGAAGAGAUUUGACUCCUGGUCUCAGGUGUUGUGUAAGGAGAGUGUGUGUGGACGCUGUUACUGGGAGGUGGAGUGGAGCGGUGAUGGUGUGUUAAUAUCAGUCUCAUAUCAAGGGAUCAGCAGGAAAGGACAGGGUGAUGAGUGUGUGUUUGGAUUCAACAGUCAGUCCUGGAGUCUGAGGUGUUUUUCUUCCUCUGUCUCUUUCCGGCACAAUGGCAUUGAGACUGAGCUCCGAGGUCCAGCGUCCUCCAGAAUAGGAGUGUAUGUAGAUUACAAUGCUGGAACUCUGUCCUUCUACAGCGUCUCUUACACAAUGAGGCUCCUCCACAGAGUGCGCACCACAUUCACUCAGCCUCUGUACGCUGGGUUCUGUAUGGGUACUAACUCAACUACAAGGUUAUGUGAUAAUAAAUGAACUGGUUUUGAGGGGAAAAUAACUAGAGCUUCAGAUUGAUUUUUUUUCCCUAAGCAACAGUGCCAAUUUCUGUAAUACUAAUGUAAUUUUAUUGUGGUUAAAAACACAAAACAGGGAACGAUUUCCUGUGAAUUUGGGGAUGUAGUUGUGGGGCUCUGUUCAUGUACCCACAACAGCAUCUUCUAGCAAGAGAAGCAAGGUUCUAUGGUAAAUUAGUGGUAUGAUAAAGGAGAAUGAAUUAUUGAGGCUGUGGCCACAAAACCUCCUGUUUCAUGAAAGCUACCAUUUUCUGAACAUGCCUGUGGUAUAUGGAAAUUAAUAAAUGAAGGUUUUUUUCCCCUUUUGGCAGGAUUGAAAAUGUACUCAUCAAUGCCUUUUGAGAGUCAAUAGACAAGAAAGAAUUUAUAACAAGUAUGAAACAAAGUUUAAUUACCCUAAUCCUCAACGCUAGGAAAGCCAAAAAGAAAUUAUACAAUGUUCUGCCAAUUACACUGACUAUUACUGAUGAUAAAAUAUUUUCUGGGGUUGUUCUUGCUUGAACAAUAAGUGAGACACAAUCAGGAUUUCUGAAGAAAAACCUUACUUAACCUAGAGGACCUCAAAACUGAAUGUAGUCCUGAAAUUGAAAUGGUUUAAAUCCUGGAUAGACUUUCUACUGCGCUGUGAUUUUUGCUAUAACUGACACUACGUCCAGUCUGUUUUUGGAGCUGUGCCACCAUAUCUAGACUGUCCUACACAUAUUUCCUUUACUGUAAAUGCUCGACAGUCUCACUUUUUUUUUUACAGCAUUCCUCACGCAGUCGCGUU